CGUCACGCCUCCUCUCAUUGUCGAGCACCUUGAGGCUUGAGCGGUAUGGCCGUCUUCGACGAUGUGCACUAUGUUCUUUCAUCUUCCAUACCGGCAGAACAACGUAAGGAGCUUUUAGGCUUGCUGGACCUCAAUGGUGCAACAAGCGCACCACCACACACCCAUCUUAUUGCCCUUGCUGGAUCGCACACUCAGCACGAACACGCGGGAUCUUUGCAUGUAGUGUCGGGAAUGUGGGUACAUCGGAGCAUAGUCCUCGGAAAACUUCAGCUCGAGCAGUAUUAUUCACCUGAUCCAACAAUGAUUUUUUCGGGCAUCGUUGCGUGUGCCACCGAUCUCUCCCCAUCGGACCUCGAAGUUCUCUCAGCAGGGAUCACCUCGUUAGGAGGACAAUGGCGAACGGGCCUCACGCGCGAUGUAACACAUCUCUUCGCAUUGCAUGAACAGAGUGAUAAGUACCAAACUGCCAUGCAUUUUGCGCCACAUACUCAUAUGUCUGUGCUCACACCGCAUUGGUUCGAUGAUUCAGUUCGCGUUGGGCGUCGUGUGCCUGAAGGCCCUUACCUGUGGCCUGAUCCAAAGGUCUUGCAACCUGGCAUGCAAGUGGGAAAAAAAAAGAGAAAAAAGAGUGGCGAGACAAGACUGAGCAGCCCUAUGGCGACGGAGGAAGCAGAGUGCAGAGAAGGAGCCAAUGUAUGGGCAGGAAGGAGAUUGUUGUUAUCUCGCUCGCUGGAAUUGGGACAAGGACAUUGUGAAGCUGUGGAGGCGAAUAUACACAGAGCGGGUGGAACUGUUGUCAAGGUCAAAGGCACCAGCACAGACGAGGAAGCACAAGAGAACGAGGAAGCAACACUUGUAGAUGAAUGCGAUGUUUUCGUCACGCGGUACCGCUCUGGGAAGGCAUACUUCAAGGCGGCCCGUUCAUCUCGUCCGAUUUUGAUCGGAAACUUGACUUGGAUGUUUCACGUUGAUGCAUCCGGCACGUUGAAUGAUCCGCAUGAUAGUUUGCUGUGGUACCCGGUUCCAAGAGGAGGUAUUCCCGGUCUUAACGAAUGCGAAAUCACCGUCACUAACUAUACUGGCGCCGCGCGAGACUACCUGAAGAAACUUAUUCAAAUCAUGGGCGCAAGGUUCACGCCAAGUAUGAGUCAGAGCAACAAGGUUCUGGUUGCCGGCUAUUCUCCUUCGCCUAAAACACAGCGCGCAGUUGCAUGGUCGAUACCAAUAGUCAAUCAUACUUGGCUCGAGGAUUGUUUUAUUGCAUGGAAGAAUCUCACUGUCGGAGUUGAUAAAUACAUUCUCUUUCCCCCCGGCGUCGAUUUUGGGAAGAUGCUCAUGACCCCAAUUGGUGGCACAAGUGCGAGCUCUGUUUAUACGACCUCAGGGGGACCUGUUCCAGGCGGCCGGGGAGUCGGUCCCAUUGAUAUUGACUCAGAGGAGCAGAGGGAUGCAGAGUACCGUAGGGGCAUGGUCGAUGAAGUGGGGCUCAUCACCUCAUCCACAGAGACUCCCAGAUCAAAUGCCAAAGCUAAGACCACAUCCAGCAAGUCGAAGCCAAAGGUCAUCGAUGAUGAGGGUAGCUUGCCUCCGAAAACACCCCAGCCUGUAGCGUCCAGGCCGAAGCGCAAUGCUCUCACUGCUCCACAAGCUACAGACGUGAGCGCGAGAGACGCUGGAGAGGUGGAGAUUGCUGUUAAUUUCGGCGAUGACGAGGACCUCAACUUUGACGAUGCUGAUGACAUAGCGGCCAGCGUAGUCAUGGAUGUCGACGACGAACAUGUUUCUCCUCCUAAAGCACUGAGACAUCAGAAGCCGAAGCCGAAAUCCUCGGAGAAGUUGAAGAAAUUGCUAUCUCAGAAAGUCACCCUCGAAGAAGAGGGCGGUACGACGAGUAUUGAUGAUGGUAGCUCAAGACCCACGAAAUCACGACCACGCAAACGUUCGAGGAUUAUACGAGAAAGCACUGCGUCCGAUGCGUCUGAUGAUGUUGUGGAAGUGCACGAAGGGCGAGUGACAGAUGGUGUAAAGAAUUCCAGGGAGAUCGACGAGAGCUCUGCGGAUGACGAAGCUCCCCCUAAGGCUGAGACCAAAGCCACUGGGAAGUCUAACAAACUGCCUACAUCAAAGGAGAAGACCAAGCCUCACAAAGCUGGUCAUCCGCCCCCUUCUCGCGAGCAUUCCAACUCUGAAUCUGCGUUAGCCCGUCCAAGCAGGUCAAUCACCGGGUCCUCGACGCCAAUAAAGACGGGAAUGAAGCCAAAGCCUAAGCCGAAGGAAACUCCUCAACGCGCUUCAUCCUUGUCUGAUGAUGAGGAUGAUGAAAUUUUUGCGCGGCCUGCGAAGCAUCAGCCCGCUAAACCCAGUGCCAGAGUAAGAGCCAAAGAGCCGGAGAAGGAGCCGCUGACUACGUCCUCAAAAGCCAAGGAGAAACAGAAUGCUCGUGCUCCAUCUCCAUCUCUGUCCACUACCCGCUCACCCUCGCCUCCCGCAAAAACCUUCAAGACGCCGAAACGCACAGUAUCCGUGCUAGUUCCAUCUCUGCCGAAAGACUACCUGUCUCCAAGCCCACGCAAGGACACGCCCACGAACAAGGAAGGAAGGUCCGACCUUGUUAGAACGAACUCCAUCCACGCAUCUGCUGCCGAGGCGUCGACAAGCGGAUCCAAGCGUGGACGCCCUUCGUUAUCAAAACCUUCAACCUCAACACCUCCUGUGAAGGGCAAGUCGAAGUUCGAAGCACGGAAUGAGUCAGAAUCGGAACACGAGGAUGAGGUUUCCGUGGUUUCGGAUACUUAUACCUCACGCGGUUUACCGAAGCGCAGUGCUGCCAACAAAGCGACGAGCAAACUGAGGGAUGAAAUUAUGCCCGACGUCGUUAAUUUCGAGAAGGAGCGCAAGAACGCCAAGCGAAGGCGUAGCUCCGGUCUCAAUGACUCUUUCAUUCCCCUGCGUGACGAAGAAGAAGUCGAAGAGGAACGAAACGGUAAGAAGCGUAAAGUCGACAAGGCUCGCGCAGAGGACGAAGAAACAGAAGUUGAGGUUAUUUCUUCGUCUAUUCCUCAAAAGAAGUCGAAGUCGAAGACGCGCACGACUGAGGGCAAGGGUACGAAGAAGAGAGCGGAAGACGAGAUGAGUAUUGACGAAGACGAGCCGUCCAGGAGAAAGGGUGUAAAGGGUGUGAAGGCGACUCAGAACAAGAAAGGAUUGCAUACUCCUGAUGUUGCCACCAAUCAGCUUUCUGGACCCUCUCGAGAAUCUGGAACAGUGAGGGUGAUGACAACAGGUAUUCAGCUGACCGAUGACACUAUCAAGCGGUUGAACAAAUUGGGUGCAAAGAUGACAACCAAACCCAACGACUGCACACACCUCAUCGCAAAGGGAAUAGUUCGUACGGAGAAGUUCUUGUGCGCUAUUGCAAGCUCCCCGUUCGUGUUAACAGAAGGAUGGGUCAAUUCGAGCGUGCGAACUGGCAAACUCUUACUGGAAACGGACUUUCUGAUAUCUGACCUCGAAUCGGAACGGAAAUGGAACUUUAAGCUCUCCACUUCUCUCGAGCGCGCUAAACGUGAAGACGCAGGGGAUAGCUUGCUGAAAGGGAUGACAUUUUAUGUGACCCCCAAAGUCGAGAUUGACUUGAAGUUGCUCAAAGCUGUCAUAGCAUCCGCUGGUGGUCAGGUUCAGACGUCCAAACCGACGACUCGAAUACUCAAGGGGAACAAAAACCGUCACGUUAUCUCUUGUCCAGCAGACCAAUCGAUCUGGCGACCAUUGGUUGAGGAAGGAUAUACUAUAUAUUCCACAGAGCUCAUUUUGCUAGCCGUACUUACUCAGGAGAUACGGUGGAAGGAUAACAACUGUAUCAGUUCCAAGCCUUCCUCGUAAGGUACAUGUACAGUGCACUCAUCUGCUCAUUCUCCCAAGUGUUACAUCAUACAAACAGACUGACUAGCUUGCAUAUUCGUAUACAGCUUCCGAAGAGACAAUCAAUUUAGCAAAGGAGACAAUCGUCUCAUUCGAUAGAGAAUGAUAGCCCUGACCCCGACGCUAAAUGCAAUGAUCAACCAGCCUUUAUACUAUGAAUUUGAUUCUUCGUGAAGCCAGUGAUGCGAGUCUCUGUUCCAAGCGUGUGGUGUGUCUGUGAUUGUGGUGCAAUCUCUGCACACCUACGAUGCACCCGCCGUCGCUGCCGAAAAUUGAAAACAGAAUUGAAAACAGCCUCGAAAACGCAGCUUUGAACG